UUAAACUUUCAAACCCUAACAAAAAGAUACCCACGAAGAAGACGAAGAAGCAGUAGAACCAUGGAGGCCUACGGGAGCGGAGGAUACAUGCUGGACGAGAAGGCCGUGCGAGUCGAGAACAGUUUCCUGGACUUCCUCAAGAGUUAUAGGGUGUCGGGCGAGUUGUUUUACGAAGCGGAGAUCGAGGCCAUGAGAUCGAGCGAGUCGAACACCGUGUUCGUGGACUUCUCUCACUUGAUGUCGUUCAGCAACAUUCUCCAGAAGGCAAUCUCCGAUGAAUUCUUUAGGUUCGAGCCAUACCUGAAGAACGCCUGUAAGAGGUUCGUCAUGGAUCAGAAGCCGACUUUCAUCUCCGACGACAACCCUAACAAGGACAUUAACCUCGCCUUCUUCAACCUUCCCGUCUGCAAGAGGCUGAGGGAACUAAAAACCGCUGAGAUUGGUAAACUAGUCUCUGUGACUGGAGUGGUGACUCGCACGAGUGAGGUUCGCCCAGAGCUUCUCCAAGGGACUUUCAAGUGCUUGGAAUGCGGAGGAGUUAUAAAGAACGUUGAACAGCAAUUUAAGUACACACAGCCGACAAUAUGUGUGAACGCAACCUGCGCCAAUAGAGCAAAGUAGCAGGAGAGCAAAUUCGCAGACUGGCAGAGGGUACGGAUGCAGGAGAUUUCCAAGGAGAUACCUGCUGGUUCCCUUCCCAGAUCCUUGGACGUUAUUCUCCGCCAUGAGAUUGUGGAAAAGGCCAGGGCAGGCGACACGGUCAUGUUCACGGGCACUGUGGUUGUGAUACCCGAUGUAAUGGCAUUGGCCUCCCCUGGUGAGAGAGCAGAAUGCCGCCGUGAAGGUCCUCAGCAGAGGAAUUCAAUGGCUGGAAAUGAAGGUUUGAGCGGACUUCGAGCAUUAGGAGUGAGAGAUCUCUCUUAUCGUCUUGCAUUUAUUGCCAAUUCAGUUCAGAUUUGUGAUGGUAGAAGGGACAUCGACAUCAGGAAUAGAAAGAAGGAUGCGGAUGAAGAUGAGAACCAGCAAUUCACUUCGGAAGAGCUGGAUGAAGUGCAAAGAAUGAGGAACACCCCGGAUUUCUUCAAUAAACUUGUUGAUAGUGUUGCCCCAACUAUCUUCGGUCACCAAGAUAUAAAGCGAGCCAUUCUGCUAAUGCUUAUGGGUGGUGUCCACAAAGUCACCCAUGAAGGCAUCAACUUGAGAGGGGACAUCAACGUUUGUGUAGUUGGAGAUCCUAGUUGUGCAAAAUCUCAGUUUCUAAAGUAUACUUCCGGUAUAGUUCCACGGUCUGUUUACACAUCUGGCAAAUCUUCGUCAGCUGCUGGGUUAACUGCAACCGUGGCCAAAGAACCAGAAACUGGAGAGUUCUGUAUAGAGGCUGGUGCCCUGAUGCUAGCUGACAACGGCAUUUGUUGCAUUGAUGAGUUUGACAAGAUGGACAUUAGAGAUCAGGUUGCCAUUCAUGAAGCCAUGGAACAACAGACUAUAAGCAUUACAAAAGCUGGAAUACAAGCAACACUGAAUGCUCGGACAUCAAUUCUUGCUGCUGCCAACCCCGCAGGGGGCCGCUAUGAUAAAUCUAAACCUCUUAAGUACAAUGUUGCUCUUCCUCCUGCUAUUCUUUCAAGGUUUGAUCUAGUAUACGUCAUGAUUGAUGACCCGGACGAUCAAACUGAUUACCACAUUGCGCACCACAUUGUGAGAGUACAUCAGAAACGUGAGGAGGCACUUACUCCUGCAUUCACUACUGCGGAACUGAAGCGUUACAUUGCAUAUGCAAAAACUCUGAAACCCAAGCUAAAUGCAGAAGCCAGAAAACUGUUGGUGGACUCCUAUGUUACUCUUCGCAGAGGUGAUACAGCUCCUGGAAGUAGAGUUGCUUACCGCAUGACUGUUAGGCAACUGGAAGCAUUGAUCAGGCUUUCAGAGGCCAUUGCUAGAACUCAUUUGGAAACUACGGUACAACCACGCCAUGUCCGCCUAGCUGUGAGAUUGCUGAAAACGUCCAUAAUCAGUGUGGAGUCCAGUGAGAUUGAUCUGUCUGAGUUUCAAGAAGAAAAUCGUGGUAAUGGUGAUGAUGGUGGUGAUGGAAAUCAUGGUUCUGGUGAGGGAGAUCACCAACCAAGUAAUGCUGCGGCCUCUGAGCCAGCUUAUGGUGACCGUGAAAAUGGAGGAGGUUCUGCAAAUCAACAAGGAAAGAAACUUGUGAUAAGUGAUGAGUAUUUUCAGAGGGUUACCCAAGCCCUUGUCAUGCGUCUUACACAGCAUGAAGAAGCUGUUAUGCAAGAAGGGACUGGACUGGCUGGAAUGAGGCAGAGGGACUUGAUUCAGUGGUAUAUCAGUCAACAGAAUGAGAAAAACAACUACAGUUCGAUGGAGGAGGCUGCAAAUGAAGUUUCCAAAAUCAAAGCAAUUAUAGAGAGUUUGAUCCGAAGAGAAGGCCACUUAAUAGUGGUAGACGACGGUAGGCAAGCGACAGAGGGUGAAGGCGCAGGACAGCCAUCAUCCAUGUCUAGAAACGACAGAAUAUUAGCGGUAGCUCCCAACUAUGUCAUUGAUUGAUGUUGUUAGACUUCUAAAUUUAGAAUCACCUCAUUGAUUGUA